CUUACAUGUAGACAACUUCCGAGUUACUUUUGCCUUCAGCUCGCCGAGACUGACAACUGAGAACUUGGCAAAACUAAGUGUUGGUCUCGGCAGACAGACAUCAGUGAUAAUUAGCGUCGAAGGCAACUGCCGACUAACCUUGCGAAAAGUAUGCAGGCCAGUUUAGUUCGCAGACAGUUAGCUACUUGUUUAGGUGCAAGAGGGAACUGUUUGCGAGCUUUCGCCACCUCGGGAUCUCACAAGAUGCCUCUUAAGGCUGGAGACAAACUACCUGCAGUUGACCUUUUUGAGGGAAACCCUAGCAAAAAAGUCAACACUGCUGAUCUGAAGGGGAAAGUGGUUAUCUUUGGGGUUCCUGGUGCCUUCACUCCCACCUGCAAUAAUGAUCAUGCCCCAGCAUUCAUCAAAAGUGUUGAUGCCUUGAAAGCCAAAGGAGUUCAGAGCAUUGUGUGCGUGGCUGUCAAUGAUCCAUUUGUCAUGGAUGCCUGGGGAAAGUCUUUGGGUGCUGCAGACAAAGUGAGAUUCCUGGCUGAUACAUGUGCAGAAUUCACAAAGAAAGCUGACCUAAAUCUGGAUUUAACAGCAGUUUUGGGCAAUGUUCGCUGCAAACGGUUUGCGAUGGUGGUAGAAGGUGGUAUCAUAAAAGCAAUCAAUGUGGAACCUGAUGGAACUGGUUUGAGCUGCAGUCGAGCUUCUGAUGUUAUCAAUCUCUUGUGAUUUCCCAGUACUUCUCUAUUGCUAAUAAAACCCACAUAACCAGACUCUUCUCCAUCUUGAUGGAGAGUUCCUAGAACAAAGAUUACACUUCACAUUUCUUUCACUCACCCUUAUCCCCAAUCCCACCAAAUUAGUAUUACUUGCAGCUUCUGGCUUUACAAGUUUUUAGCAAGAAAUGUUUUGUCAGUAAGUGGCCUGGUCCAUAUGUCUAGAAAUCGUUUGUAACUCCAACACUCCAAGUUUUCUCUGCUCCAUUCUGGGGUUGCACACACCCCUUGUUGUAUUUAGUUGUCAUAAACAUAACAACACCAUGGAGUCAAAAGGCAGUAAUCGAUGCGUGAAGUAAUGCUGAAAUCGAAUGUUGAUGUGGCCUUUAGAGUAAAGCAGCAGUGUUUGAGCAUAAAAGCUUGUGGAGGAUGAAACUGAAAGCUUUUUUUCUGUCAAGUAACUUAUGGUAGACAUUACUUUUUAUUUCUUUUUAGAUUUAGCCAUAUGACUAAAAUUUAUCUCUGGAUUUUGUGGAUGUAGUCUAAUGUGGCUGGUUGUUAUCUGGAAUAUUAGUAUUGAACUAGUCAAGAUCUUGGAUAUUACUUGUACUUUGGCAGAAUCAAUUCUUUCUGGAAUAUUGUGAUCCUUUGUCAUCUUGCUGUUCACAUGUGUUUCUAACAAGGCUUCCAUGCCUGGAGGCAGGGAAAUAACUUCUGCACAGCUAGUCUUUUUUUACUAGACCAAAGUAUUGUUGUUAAGUUCAGGACUCUGGAUGUGAAAUUAAAUUAGUUCACUAGGUCAUUACAAAUAGGGUCCUUGUUUAUGCAGGGAUGUGAAAACUAGCAAGUUAAUAGUGGGAGAGAGUAACCGACAAAGAACCAUGCAGUGGGAUACAAUUGCUAUCAGGAAGAGUGAGGGGGAAACUUCAGUUUGACAAGAUCCAAAGAAGAAAACUAUGGGUUUGGUGGAGGCCAGUGUUCUUUAAAGUGUUGUUCAUUCACGAGAACAGGGUUAGUAUGUACAUCACUCACCGUGUGCAGGGUGAUCGAUCAUUCAAACAGACCAGUAUGUCACUCAAGUCCAAGAGUGGCUGUUGCCCAGCGUAACUGAUAACAGAUAUUUGGAUAAGAAACAAUAGGUCUGCAUGACAGCAACAGGACUGCGACUUGAGGACAACUUCAUUGAUGACAGGCCACUUCAGCCAAACAUUAAAUAAUUUGAUUUCGCAUGAUUGGCUAUUACUAAUGUACAAUAUAUAGUUAAGAUAUAGUGGGAUAAGUCUGAUAAACCUUGGUCACUACUCCAGCCAUUAGGAACAUUUCUGAGGAAAAGGGUUGGUUGGAGUUAUCACUCUGUUGUGGCCUUUCCUAUGUUUUCCUGUCAGUGCCUUUAGUCUCUAUGAUGUUCAAGCUUUAUCUUCCCAUUUUUAUAUGCUCAACAAUGCAACAAAGCUUGUGCAUUUAUUUCAUUAUUCCUCAGUUUUUUUGGUUGUAUUCUGAUCUUCUAACCAAGGCAUCUGUAUAUGUAUUGUCAUUGAACUGAAUAAAUGAAGCUUGAAAAUAUA